CAUGCACACGCAACGUUUCCUGUUUUCUAAAACUGUAGAUUCGUAAUUAAAUUUACCCAGAUGAAAAUGUCAGGCACAUCCAGGUUAACCGAGAGGCCUAAGCCACCUACGGUAGACGAGAUAAUGUUAGAUAUUAAAUCGGCAAAGGUGGACGACCCUGUGUUCACUUUCGGAGUGACAGGCAUAUCGAGAGAUUCGACGCCAUUAUCAAGUGUAGACACAUCAUUUGAUAUCGGCAGUCAUGGUGAGAAGUCCAUGGAGAGUGGUGACCACAUCGGAAAAUCACCAGAAAUGCCCGAUAUUGGAACAACCUAUCUAAAAACACUUCAACUCUUGAAUACAACUGAACUUUUGAAAUCCUCCUCAGAAAACUUAAAGGAUCAGUUUGAGCAGCUGGAGAAGCUGGGUACAGAGGUCACAGAAGCCAUCGCCGAGUUGAAGUCAGCAGCAAAGACGGUCAAAACCAAAUCAUGAGUCCUCUGGAAUGGAAUUCUAAUGUUGCAAUAGUUACAUAAUUUGAAGAAAUUGGUACAGGUUAUGUGUUGUUGGGAGUGUUCAUUGGACAUGGAGGGUCGAACUAGGGAAUUCCGAGGCACGGGAGGCAGUGGGGAAACGUAGUGAUUAAAACGUUCAUCUGUAAUGCUGCAGUGUAAACCACAUGGGUAGACUGUGUGUGAAGCCUAUUUUCGGGGUCCCGUGAUAUUGCUGUAAUAUUGCUGAAAUGCUCCCUCCCUCAGAUGGACAAUAGCCAGCAUACAAAGUGUGUACAGAGAGACACCUUUUUAGGGAGGCAUGAUUAUAUUUCCAUCUGCUCAUCAGUCAAUAUGUUGUCUGAAGGUAGCAGUGAAAUUCCAAAUUUGAUUUACAAAUUUUCCAUUUCUUCAGCAUUGUGAAAAAAAGAACUUAAAUCAAUUUUGAACAAUAUGAUGCUUCUCCCAAUUUGCCUCAGUUUUAUUUUGGAAUACUAGAUAAAUCCCAUGCACAAUUGCUUGAUUAACAUGGUAAGAGUGUGUGACAUGAAUGAUUGUGUGCCAUCCAUUUUGUUCAUGAUUCAUGUUCAUGCUAUCGACCACGUUCUUCUGGCCAAGGACUGAUUAUGUGCUAGAUCUAUUUUACUAUGUGUUAUGUAAUGACUAUAACAGGAACACUGCUGAUUGUGGCUAAGUCAGAUUUACGUCCGGGACAUGGUUUUGUUGACCUAAGAAUGGUCACUUGUUGUUUGUUUUGAAUAAGAACAUGCCAUAUUCACCAUGUGUAUAUCAUAAAAUGUUUGUAUAUUU